GUGGAGCCUCCUGUCUCAGACUCCACUCAGUCGUCGGUCAAGGUGUUCGCCAUUUUGCGUUGAGUGUGAGAGGAUGCCGUCAAUCUCUCGUUUAUUUUACUUAUUUAGUGAAUGAAUAUUGGUAUACAAUCGUGGUAACUUGCGAAAUUUCGCCAUAAUGACGCAGUUUUUGCCGCCGAAUUUGCUGGCGUUGUUUUCGCCGCGCGAGCCGAUCCCGUAUUUGCCACCUGCUAGCAAACUUCCACAUGAGAAGAAGAAUGGUGGUUACGUCGGCGUCGGGUGUUUCCUCAAGUAUUUCGAGGAUCCUAAGGAUACUCCACCACCUGUGCGUGUAGAGACUCGAGAAGAACGUUUGGAGCGUAGACGAAGAGAACGUGCAGAGCAAGUUGCAUAUAAGCUCGAACAAGAAAUUGCAGUAUGGGAUCCAGCUGGUAUUUCCAAUGUUACAGCAGAUCCCUUCAAAACUCUCUUUGUAGCUCGAAUCAAUUAUGACACCUCAGAAUCCAAACUGAGAAGAGAAUUUGAAGUAUAUGGACCGGUAAAAAAGAUUGUGGUAACACAUAAUACAAUUAAUGGCAAGCCUAGGGGAUAUGCUUUCAUUGAGUAUGAGCAUGAAAGAGAUAUGCACUCGUGGUGGCCGCUGCCGGCAACUAGUGCCGUUCACUAUUCCAUGCAAUCCCUGAACCUGCCUGAUAAGAUAGCUGCAUAUAAGCAUGCCGAUGGUAAGAAAAUAGACGGUCGCAGAGUAUUAGUCGACGUCGAGCGAGCGAGAACAGUGAAGGGUUGGCUGCCUCGAAGACUCGGCGGUGGCUUAGGUGGUACUCGUAGAGGUGGCCCCGACGUCAACAUCAAGCAUUCAGGACGGGAAGAUAAUGAAAGAGAACGGGAGCGAUAUCGCUUGGAACGUGAGAGAGAAACCUCGGGACGUGGCCUGGAUAGAGACAGAGAUCGCGACCGUUUGGAUAGAGAACGUCGCAGAUCACGCGAUCGUAAGCGAAGGACCAGGAGCAGAUCACGCGAACGCAGACGCAGGCGAAGUCGCGACCGAUUGCCGGAUCCCGAUAUCGAAGAAAUUGAACGGCCACGCGACAGAAGAGAUCGCGAUCGCGAUCGCGAUCGGGAUCGUAAAAGACGGCGGUCACGAAGCAACGAUCGCGAUCGCGAUAGGGAUCGUAAGCGAGACAAGCGGGACAGGGAUCGUGAUCGUAGAGACAGAAAGGAUCGCGGCGAUCGUCAGGACGAGGAUACGAAAGAGAUACGUAUUAAGGAAGAACCGUUGGAUGAUUAUCCAGACUACAGCAAUACGUUUGCGACGUCGGGUUCGUAUUUUACUGCGGUAAAAUACGAAGACGACAACGAUCAGGAAGUGGAAGAGAAAUACCGGAUUCCGGAGGGUCGUCCCGAUCCACCUCCAUAUAACAAUUACGAUUCCGUACAAGAUUAUUGAUCUCAAACAGUACAUGUUUCUCUAUCGUAUCCCUUUUUCACCAUCGCUUUAUUUUUAUCGUUGCAUUGUCUUUAUUGCGAGCAUAAUACUAGCGAAUUAGCUCUUUUAAGAGCGAAUCAAGUUCGCUCUUCAAUUAUAUAAAGUAUUCAGACAACUAUUAUGAAUGUCGCAAAACAAUAACACAAGUUCUGUAAAAUAUUUAAUUUCUAUAGAAUUUCUAAAAUAUGAUAAAUAGAAAAGAAAUAAUUUAUAUGAUUACAAUGAAAAAUAAGAAGAGAAAAGAUACGACAUUUAGUAAAUUAAAUUUUGAUAUAAAAAGUUGAAAAAAAGUUGGAUAUAUUGCUACAUAUGUUAUGCAAUAUAAAAACGGCUGAUAAAUGAUGUACAAACAUGAUCGCUAAAGAUGAAUGACAUUCAUUAAAUUAUUACGAGGAAUUUACGAAAAUUAUAUAUACAUGUAACUAUUUAUGCCGUUUUGGAAUAUAUUCUCUACUUUUUUUUCUCUCUUAUCCUCUUCCUAUCAUUGAUAAGAAUAUAUUUACAAUAAAAAAUCUAUAACAUUGUUUUUAAUGAAUUAAAGAGCAACUAAUGAAUUGUAGCAGAUCAUGUGAAACUUCACGAUACAAAAAACAUGAACUCGUAAUUGAUUGAGAGUACUACAUUAUUUAAACAAUAUAAUUUAAUAAAUAAUAAAGACAAUGAAUAUAAUUUAAGUAUCGGUCAUCUAAAUACAUGUGUAUGUAAUUGCACGCGCGCGUGCAACACACACACAAAUAUACAUAUACCCAAAAUUUGACUCAUGACUGCUAUGUAUAUUAAUAUGUCAAGUAAAAUAAAAUGUGAAAUUAACUUGUUACACA